AUGAAUAGUUAAAAACAGCUAAGAAUUCCAAAACCAUAAAUCUAAGUCAAGUAGAGUGAAUGGAAUUUACAAUUAGAAAGAUGCAGAUUACAUGCUUAAAAUCCUAUGAUCAAAGCAUUUUUCCUAAAUUAAACCCUGCUUGAAUCUCAAUAAAUUGGAAUGUAAAUAUAAAGCCAGGCUUGA